AACACAAUACACGUAGAGCUGUCAGAGAGAUUCUACCUCACAUCUAUCACCGUAAUCUUUGAAGAACCUGUGACUUUGGAGAAUCGUGACAUUACACUUAGAUUCUACAGCAGGGCGUCGCAAUCUUAUGAAACUGCUAAACAGACAUUCAUAGUUAUGGAGAAGAAUACUAAUCACCUUGUGAUGCAGCUCUCUAAGUCGUCUAGUAACAGAAGAUUUACACUCGAAAUUAAGAAACAUUUUAAUGUCUGUUCUGUGUAUAUUGAUGGGGGUUUAAACUUAGUGACGUGGAACAACACAGCCAGGGUGUACAUCCCAGGUCUAGACGACGACCUGUCGUCUUGGUACAUAUCGGACGGCGAGCGUUACAACACCUGCAUCUCAACCAACGUAACGGACACCAUCUGCGCCAAGUUUGAGGCCAUGAAUAAGAUCUACAGAAUCGCCAUCUACCCCAACAAUCCAGAUGUGGUAUUUUAUGUGAACUGCACCAACCAUCACAACGAAAGUGUUUUCAUUGAUACAAUCACCACCCAUACCAGGGGGCCUUCGUUCGUUCAUUUGAAUUCUUACGUUCACAAAAUAGAGAUCACGACAAAGGGCCAUGGGUUAUCAUUAUGCGAAGUUGAAAUUUUUGGAAGUGCAGAUGCGGUCCCUUUACCAUUUAACCCCGAUGACUACGUUCUGGUGUUGCCAUCUCCAGUCACAGAAAAAAAUCUUUUUUACAUUUUUAUCAUCUGUGUGGCGUUUAUUUUGAUCCUCUCCCAGUUAGAAAAUACGGCUUUAGAAGGAUGUCUUUUUGGGCAUGUGAGAGUAAAGCCAAGUCACCAGCAAAGUCACAUUCCUCUAGGUGGUUGGGACUGUUCCACUAUAGUGCGCAAGACAAAUAUUUUGUCAUUACAUGACCUGUUGGCCCUGAAGCCAGCUUGUUCUUCACGAAGGAUCCCACCAAUUCCUUUCCUCAUUCUUUGUAAUAAGACUCUGCAGAAGAUUUUUCCUGGUACUGACAGAAGAUUAAUGCCUCUCCAGUUCUCACAAACAUUAAGGUCGCCCUUUUUGGCUAAUUUGAUAGUGAUUCCCCGUUUCCAAGAAUCUCGGACUUAA